AUGGGAUCAGAUAGCGAGGAGCUUGCAGCUGCAUCCAGACUUGAAGACGAUCUCAGUUUCUACCAAACUACAAGCUCUGAUAUUGCAAAGCUAUUUGAAAUAGAAACCCAAGUCAAGCGUCCUGCCUUAGUUUUACUGAAAAAGGAGGAAGAGAAACUUGCCCGUUUUGAUGGAAACUUCACUAAGGCGGCUAUAACAGAGUUUGUGUCAGCCAACAAGGUUCCGUUGGUCAUCAACUUCACCAGGGAAGGCGCAUCAAUGAUCUUCGAAAACUCAGUGAAAAACCAACUCAUUCUUUUCGCUACGACAAAUGAAUCAGAGAAACACCUUCCCACUCUGAGGGAGGUGGCAAAGUCCUUCAAGAGAAAGUUUGUCUUUGUAUAUGUGCAAAUGGACAAUGAAGAUUACGAAGAAGCAGUUUCUGGAUUCUUUGGUGUUACCGGUAAUGCCCCCAAGUUUUGCAUCUGUGUAUGCAGCAGGUUCUUUGUAUACACUGGAAAUGAAAAUAUGAGGAAGUUCAUUCUUGACGGUGAACUGACCGUAAACAACAUCAAGGCUAGCUCUACUUCUAUUUUUCUCAGACAAACUAAGCCAUUUUACAAGUCAGAUCCAGUACCUGAGAACAAUGACGGUGAUGUUAAGAUCAUUGUGGGAAACAACUUUGAUGAGAUUGUUCUUGACGAGUCAAAGGAUGUUCUUCUCGAGAUAUAUGCUCCUUGGUGUGGCUACUGCCAAUCGUUUGAGCCUAUUUACAACAAGCUUGGAAAGUAUCUGAAGGGCAUUGACUCGUUAGUUGUAGCUAAGAUGGAUGGUACCACCAAUGAGCAUCCUAGAGCAAAGGCUGAUGGUUUCCCAACCAUCCUGUUCUUCCCUGGAGGAAACAAGAGCUUUGAUCCGAUCACUGUGGAUGUUGACCGUACAGUAGUGGAGCUCUACAAGUUCUUGAAGAAGCACGCAUCAACUCCAUUUAAACUUGCUAAACCGGCAACACCUGAACCGGUCAUUACCACCAAGAAGGCGGAUGAAAAGAAUGAGGGUGAUAAUGCCAAGGAUGAGUUGUGA